AAAUAGAUAUAUAUCUUUGUUCAAUUGGUUGCAUCUCUCGGGAACCUCAUUUCUUGUUACCUUAAAUACAUAAGCUAAAGUAGUCAUUAAAAAUAUUUCACAAAUGGUCAUUUGCAUAAAGAUAAGACAUUGAAAUGCAAUCUGUCUGAUAGAUUUCAACCGUUUUGCGACAACGAGGAGAAAACACCACCAUCCCAUUAUAUUACUACACGAGUAAGAAGAGAAUGUCGACAACAAACGCACUCCUUCAUCCGAGCCUUCUACACGUCGUGUGAUUAUACAAAAUGAAAAACAAAACUCCAAAAACUAGUAGUCAGAAAAGCAAAGGGGAUACUAAAGAAGCAAAAGCGGUGAAAUGGGAUUCUGAAACUCCAACCACGUUACUAUGGGGACCAGUAGGACAAGAAAAAGAUGACAGCAGUGAAAAGGAAAUUCUAACUACUCAAACUACUGAUUUUCAUUUACCGCCAUUGGAAAUCAAUCUGAGUCUUAGGUAUGACCAGCAAGUUUCUAGCGCGGUUAGCAAAUUAGAUCGGUUGAUUCAAACAGAUGAACUUCCUCUGACACUGGCGGUUAAACUCACUAAUGACGUGAUUAAAUUAGAGAGAGAAUUCAGAGAAGAAAGGUUACUGAAUGAAAUCCGUAUCAGACGAAAAGAAUAUGAGUUACACAAGAGAGCUUCGCUGAAUCACAGAAUGAAAUGCCAGGGAGAAGUUUACUUCGGGCAAGAAACAUCACGAAUCGGUUUUUCGUACUUCAAACAGCUUUCAAGGAAUGAUGAAACACGACUGAAUUCUCAGGAGAGUAGGAAAAUUCCUUAUGGGGCUUCGGUUAACGAGAAAAGAUUUGAUGAAAGACAGGAAAAUGCUAUCAGGAGAAUGCAAGCGUUUGGAAGGCGCUAUCCGAGCAAAAAGCAGGUAUCAGCAAAGUUUGAAAGCAAGGCCACUUUUAGACACUAACACAUACAUCAGCAACUCUAUCAAUUAGUUCAAAGAAAUUGAGACAUUUCAAUGCCUCGAAAAACAUCUCUAACACAAGGCUAGAGUUUUUAAUCCUAGAUCGCGAAUACAAGUCGGUAAGACCGCACAGUCGCAGGAUCAACCGCCGUGCUUGCGUUUCGGAGAAGAGAAAAAUCAUAAUUAUUUUGCGGACACUUGCAGACGAUUGUCUCACUUUGAUUAUAAUUCUAGUCAGCGGGCUUAUUUUCCAUCACGAAAUAGAGAUACUAUUGUCAAAAGAAGGGAAAAAACAACAAUAAAAAUUCACUGCCUAGGCGUA